AUGGAAAAAUUUGGCGAGAAUGGGUCGAUUGGUGGUUGGCAACGGUGGUUUUGGUUGGUGGCGGUGUCGCUCCAUUUCUCUGUCUUGUUCUCGCCCCAUCCGGUGACGGGGAAAGUAUUGGAAGAAGAAGCCCCUGUAUCAUUGUGUGGUAACACGGCGAUGGGUGAAUGGCUUUUCGGUGGUGAUUGUGGAGCAAUACCAUCUUCCAUGCUGGGGUUAGAGGCCAUGACAGGAUGUUUGGAAGACUUUGGUUUUGAAGAUUACCUUAAUGAUCCACGGGAAUCUGAAACUUUCCGUCCAGCUGACAUGCAUCAUGGAAUGGAAGUUAAUCUUGGGAUAUCCAAGGGGCCUAUCUGCCCCAGUUUCAUAGCCAGUAUGCUCGACUUUAGUGGUAUUUUAGGAUGCUCGACUUUAAAUGUUGCUCAUUCUGACAAAUUGAAGCAACUCAGCAUGGCCUUAUUUGUUCGUUGUGAUAGUGUCUGUUCAUUAGUUGGCCAGGACUGCACAGCGACAAGAAGAGAUACAAAGGAGCCACCUGCGCUGCGAAUCGUCAUGUGA